AUGGUUUCUGGCUCUGACGAUGUCUGUUACAGGAUGGACGACAGCUCAGCACGGAGUUAUUGGGACCGUAAGACGGUGAGCCGAGGUCUUAUUCGAGCAAUUCAACAGACAAAAGUGCAAGACAACCCUCCUGCUGUAUCCGAUGAAUUGCCCAGUGGUGUUUGUGAACAAUUUGGACUAGUUGGUCUAAAGAAAAACUACCCUUAUUCCUCAGAGUAUUGCAACCAGAAGCAGGUAAUAUCUGUGCCUGUCGAGCUCAAGAAUGGCAUUGGAAAUAAGGGGUUCCCCAUUGAUCAAAAUGUAUAG